UAGCACAGACUACAAAGGGGAAGACCAAAGAACACAUGGCCGUCUAAUCGAUGGCGAAAAUAAGCGCCACACCACGGACCGCUCGCCGCCGACGGCGGGCCAACGCCGUCUGGCUCCUCCCGAAUAGGCCCCAUUGCUUCCUCCGCCUGCUCGCCACCAUCCCCCAAAUCUCCCGCUACCGUCGAGGCCUCGUCGCCGUCCCCCCGUCCUUUCGACCAACACUCCCGACCUCCGAGGAGCGGAAAUCUGCAAUCCAACCCCAAACCCCAUCUCCGAUCCGCGACAAUGAGGUCGAGACGACCUCACGCCAGGAGGCGGAGGAGCCGCAGGACCCCGAUGCCGAGGGGGAGGCCGUCGCGGGCAAGUACUGGGCCCACCGGCACAGCCUCUUCUCCCUCUACGACCGCGGCGUGCGGAUGGACGCCGAGGGCUGGUACUCCGCCACCCCGGAGGCCAUCGCCGCCGCGCAGGCCGCCCGCGCCGCGCCCGCCGGCCUCGUCGUCGACGCAUUCGCCGGCGUCGGCGGCAACUCCAUCCAAUUCGCCGCCAGGGGUUGCUACGUGGUCGCGGUGGAGAUCGAUCCCCACAAGGUGGAGCUGGCCAGGCACAACGCGAGGAUCUAUGGCGUGGAGGACAUGAUCGAGUUCGUGGUCGGCGAUUUCUUCCGGCUCGCACCUUACCUGAAGGCAGAUUUGGUGUUCCUUUCACCACCAUGGGGAGGACCAUCAUACAAUCAAACACCAAUGUACACCCUUGAUAUGCUGAUGCCGAAAGAUGGGUACACAACAUUCCAAGCUGCUCAGAAAAUAGCUCCAAAUGUCAUCAUGUUCUUGCCAUGGAAUGUGGACAGAAGCCAAGUCGAGGAACUUUGCUGGUUGUCUUCUCCGCCCUUAGAUUUUGAGUAGAAUCUAUGAAAUGUGCAACGUCCGCAUGAGAGCAGCCUCCGCAUGUGAGCUUUCUCGAGGUGGAGGUCGCCCAUGUCUCUCCCCACCUUCCUCAACGCCGACUUCAACCACCUCCCUAAGGAUUCCCCCUAGAUGUACCGGAUUAACGAGUGGACCAUCGGAGGCGGCGUCAUCCAAAAGGGCAUCGUCGUCCACUAAACCAAACCCGUCGACGCUUACCAUCUCUUCGGGCACAUCUUUUCUUGCGGGUACGAGUUCAUCGUUUUGACCCUGCACAACAUCUUCACCAACUUUGAUGAGAUCUUCUCCGAUGUCCCCAUGAACACACUCCCCUAUGAGGAGGCAACCCCGGCCUAGUGACGAGGAGAAAGAGGAGGAGAAGGACAAAAACGAGCUCAGAGUCUUAGUUUUUUUUUUGAAUUGUAUCUUUAAUUUCCGCAUGUUUAUUUUUAUGUUUUAGUUUUUUAUAUGAGCAGUUGUGAUAUUCGGCACCAAAUCUAUCCAAGUUUUAGUUUGUUUAAUUUUAUGUUUAUUUUCA